UUGCUGAUUCACUUCACAAUGUAAUCCAACUUCACAUCACAUAGUUCAUUGUUUUUUAUUCACACCUUUAUCCGUAUAUCAGUUCACUCGUCUUCCAAAUUUUUUAAUUUACUCCAUCUAGAUUUAAGUAUAUCUUUCAGUGUAUAUAAUUUACGUUGUAAAAAUGUCGACACCGUGGGCAAAAAUCCAACCAGUGGAAGGUCCAGUAAGUCUUCUGGAAAUAACUUCGGAGCAGCUUGCAAAUAGUUUACAGGAAAAAGAAAUAAAAAAAUGUCAGAUAGAAUCAAUAGAGAAUGCCAACAUAGAAGAUUGCCCUUUAUUUGAAGCUCAUGAUACAGACAGCGACGAAGUGAUUGCACACAUGUUACAAAAUCAAUUCAACAAAGAAUAUGACCUUAUGAUUAAACGCACAGAAGAAAAAUUUAAUGGAGAUGCUAAAGUUAAUAUUUCCUUUACAAACUAUCGAACAUCUGUGUCAGUCGAUAAGGAUGAAGAAAGUAAUACAGACAUAGAGGACACAGCAAGAGAUUUCGAUCGAUUCGUGAGCAUAGAGAAAGAAUAUGCUUCAAUUCCACGUUGUGGAUACAAAAAAAUAGGUGAAGGCUCUCAAAUUGUUACGAAACAUGACAUGCUGAUGUCCUCGAGGAUAAAUGCUUGCAGAGUAUUAAAGUUCCCUCCUGGCAUUCAUACUGGUGACACAGGAGGAUUUGAUGUCAAAUUAAAUAAUAAAGUGUUCAACAGUUUAAGAGCACAUAGUCAUGCUCAAUGUUCCAGACAAAAAGCAAAAGCACGACCACAUACAAAGUAGAACAAUAAAUGCCUUAUCCGUGUAAAUAUGUUGUUGGCGGUAUAAUUUUAUUCAAUAAUAUAUACACAGAUUUUUAUGACAUUGUUCCUUGAUUGUAAAUGAAGUUGAGUAAGACUUCUCACUAUUUUCUUCUUGCGUGAAAAAAAAACCGAAUUACUUACAUUUGAACAAAUUCAAUCACUGCAUUAUUAAACUAAUUGUUUUUGACAUUCAACACUUUGUAAAGAGUUGUCAAGUUGACAGAAUAAUUACAUUGCAAUAAAGAGUUGAAAAAAUAA